AUGUACCGUCUAGCAAUGAGGACAUGUUUGGCGAUAAUGAUUGUACUAUUUGGGACAAGCCUCUUCUUCGACAUCGCCUCGGCCGGUUUCACAGACGACACCUGUAGAGGCAGAAUGGGUAAUCGUGAGAUCUACAAGAAAGUUGAUCGCGUUUGUGAAGACUGCACUAAUAUCUUCCGAGUGCCAGGGUUGGAAGGCAUGUGUAGAGAUCGGUGCUUCUACAACGAAUGGUUUCUGCUUUGUCUGAAGGCUGCCAACAGGGAGGACGAGAUCGACAAUUUCAGAGUGUGGAUAAGUAUUCUGAACGCCUGA